AAUUCCAUCAGACGGCCUCUUCAACUUCAUACGCCCUAGAACCGCUCUGGAGAGACGAAUCGCUCUAGAACCUUCUUCUUCGACGCAUCGUCGCCUUCAAGGUCACACUACCUCUCACGACAAUGGAGUUCUGGGGUGUUGAAGUUAAGCCUAACUCACCACUUCAUGUGGAUCCUGGGGAAGAUAUGCUCGUGCACAUCUCACAGGCUGCUUUGGGAGAGAGUAAGAACAAUGUUAAGGAACCGAUUCAGCUUUUCGUGAAAGUUGGAGGUCAAAAGCUUAUUAUUGGGAACCUCUCUCAUGGCAAGUUUCCUCAGCUGUCCACGGAGCUUGUCUUGGAAAAGGGAUUUGAGCUGUCUCACAAUUGGAAGAAUGGGAGCGUUUUCUUCACUGGUUACAAAGUUGAUGCAUCUGAUCCUGAGGCUGAGGAUAUGACUGAUGAUGAACCUGCGGUUGCUAAAGCUGAGCCAGCUGUUGCAGCAUCAGGUGUGAAACAGGUGAACUUUCAAUUGCCAAAUGCAGAAGUCAAAGCCCAGGAAGAUGAUGACGAAGAUGACAGUGAGGAGGACUCUUCAGAUGAUGAUGAUUCUUCUGACGAAUCUGGAGAUGAGGAGGAAAAGAAGGUUACUGCUGAAGUUGACAGUGAUGAAGAAGAUGAAGAUGACUCAUCUGACGACGAUGAAGAUGACUCAUCAGAGGAGGACACCCCAAAAAAGCCUGAAGAAUCCAAGAAGAGGUCUGCAAAAGCCAACUCCUCAAAGAAUACUGCUUCCAACAAGAAGGCUAAGUUUGUAACUCCUCAGAAAACAGAGUCUAAGAAGCCGCAUGUCCACAUUGCAACUCCUCAUCCAUCAAAACAGGCGGGUAAGAAUUCUGGUGGAAGCAGCAAUGGAGAGUCGUCGAAGAAGCAGCAGACACCAAAGUCUGCAGGAGCGUUUGGGUGCAAUUCAUGCAGCAGAACCUUUACUUCGGAAAUGGGGUUGCAGUCUCACACAAAGGCGAAACACAGUGCAGCUGCUUGAAAAUCAUAAGAAGAAGAAGAAGCUCGAUGACUUGGUCCUUCAUAAUAUCUACUUUAGAACUUUGAUGCCUGUUGGUGUUCAAAACUGGAACUUGCGAGUGAGUCAGUUUUAGUUGGUCUUUUUUUCUCAGGCGUUUCAACUUUUUCUUAAUCGUUUCGGUAUUUUGAAAACUUUGCUAAACCUUGGUUUGUGUUUAGUGCUAAUAUGGAUAUACAUUAUUGGAAGUCUUUUUGGAGGCUUUUCUAGUAAACACGUGUUUUUGAAA